CCAACAUGUAACCGUUUUAUCCAGACCAGGUCGGACCAGGACGGUCCUGUGGAUUUUAAAACUUUCUCAUGAGGUUUUUGGAGUUUUCUUCCGUCUCUGCGGUAGUACAAGACAAGGAUCGAGCAAGUAGCAAGCUGGGACCUUUCUGCACGGAAAAUUCCAGGUCUUAGGAUUUUUUUCUCAAUAUUUUUGGAGAUUUUUCACUUCCGGAUUCUUGCACACCGAGUUGCUGAGCCUUUUGUCGGGGGAAAUUUAAAUUCCGUCUUUUAUGGCCAUCGGAAACGGGGACGCAAAAAUGGACUAUUUCGGACAAGCUCCGGCCGAUCCAGAGCAGUCGCUGCAAGAAAUGAUCGACUCGGAUGUCCGAGAUCAGAUGCAGGAAAUUCUGAAGAGUGCAGAGGAUUUUGCAGAUAACACACAUCUUAUAAACAUGGACUUGGACAAAAUGCUGGAUCUGCCGAGCGACUUGCAGAACCUGACCUGGGACAGUCCCGACUUCCAGCCGCUGUCGUCUGCAGAACAAGCACAGUACCUGAGCAAUCUGAACGACUCGUUCGGAGACGAGAACUUGAUGGUCAAUCCCCAGACUGGUCUGCCGGUCAGCCCGCAGAAGGGACAGGUCAUCACCACGGCAACCAUGGCGGGGACUCCGACUGUCACAUCCUCGCAGGGGAUGCCUUCCCAGCAUGCCAUAGAUCAAUCCCAACAUGCAAUGGGGCAUAUACAAGGGCAGCAGCAGCAGCAUUUUGUGACAAAUUCCCAACCAGUUACACAAGGUGUUGGAGUACAGGGGGUGUUCACAGCCACCCAGUUCCAGGCAUCACCAGUUUCGUCCAUGCAGCAGCUCCCCCAGCAGUCCCCACAGGUACUGCAGGCCCAGUUUUUCCCUCAGUACAUCAACGUCCUUCCAGCAUCCUCCAACCAACCCCUUUCUCCCACCUACGUCACCCAGCCGAUGACAAGGCCGAUGCCGGUGUCCAUGGCAACCAGUGUUACCGCACCCAUCAACAACCACACCCACACCCACCGGCAACUUGAUCAAACUUCGGAGCCAGCUCCGAAACAGCCCAAAAUUGCGCAGAAGGACAACACGGAGACCGAAAAGGUCUAUCCGAAACCCGCGUACUCGUACAGCUGUCUGAUAGCGAUGGCGCUGAAGAACAGCAAGACGGGCUGUCUGCCCGUGAGCGAGAUUUACAACUUCAUGUGCGAUAACUUUCCCUACUUCAAGACUGCGCCCGACGGGUGGAAGAACUCGGUCAGACAUAACCUGUCGCUAAACAAGUGUUUUGAGAAGGUGGAGAAGAGCACGGGAGGCACCAGUAAGAAAGGGUGCCUGUGGACUCUGAAUCCGGCCAAAGUCGCCAAGAUGGAGGAAGAGGUCCAGAAGAUCACGAGAAAAGACCCACAGGCCAUAAGACGGUGUAUGGCAAAUCCAGAAUAUCUACCAGACAUAGUAAAGGAGGGGAAGAAGUUCUGCGCUAACCCCUUCCCAAAACCGGAGACCAACUUCAAACCCGUGGAGCGUGUCGAACCCGCAAAUACGAUCCCUCGGCUACCGGACGACCAGACGACAAAGGACGCCGUCAACGACUUGCUGAGGGUAGAGACUAGUUUGAUGGACCCGCAGGUACUAUAUUUCUUGGAGGUUGACCCGCCCUUGACCUCUGCCUCCACCCAUCUCAACAACUCCCUCCUGGAUGACCUGAAUGCCCUUGGCGAGGACGGACUUCUCUUGGACACGAACGUCACCAGCAGUCUGACGUCCACCACGACCACCGACAUGGACUUCGGACUCUUUGGUCUCGGGUCCUACUCCCAACUGGAGAGCACGCGGGCGCAACUCAACAGUAGUCCGGUGAAAACGGUCACAGCCUUCACGUAGGUCAAACAAUACAGCAACUUGGAAAGAUACUAGCAUUUUCUUGUCAGCCUUCUUGCUAGUUUGUAAUGGAAACUGUUCACAACAAAGUAUUUGUAGCUUUGAUUGGUCGAUAUCAAAGAAACUAACAAGUGUCUGACACUCUCUUCAUCUUCUUCUUGCUAAUAGAAAGUAUGGUUGUCAGGUAGAAGAUUAUAUGAUCAUUACAUUCAUUUCCAAUUUUUUGUGUGAAAGAUUUCACUUGAGAUACUGUGGGUACAGUAAAAAGUAGUUAAACAUUGAACUGUCUAGGCCAAAAAUCACUGCCAGUUUUAGAUAUCUAUGUGCUUUCUAAAUACAGCUUAGAAUAACAAUGAUGUACAAGUUGCUUACUAUGAAGGUGGGCCAAUGUUGAGUGUGCAGAGCAUGUUACCUCCAAGAAAAUUGACCCGUUUUAUUGAAAAGUACUGUCAAAGCAAAACUUUUUAGCUCCAGUUCAGUUUUCUUUCACGACUUCUCUGUUUUGUAUGAAACUGUAUUUUGCAAUGGUCUUGUACAGAUUUUAAGAACUAUCUAUCAUUGUGUUUUUUUAACAUAAGGAUUUGUAAACUAAAGUAGGUGGCAAAACAAGCGGUUGAGGUUCUGAGAAAGUGUAAUAUGAUUGGGUGGCAUUGCUUGCGUGUAUAUAUGCUUUUAAACAGGUAACCAUGCUUUUAGAUGAAAUAACUAUCAGAGAACUUUUAAAGAUUGUUUUCAACAAGUUUAUCAGAUGAUAAGUCACAUAUCAAGGCAUAUGCUACAAGAUGGACAGAUGUCACAUAUUGUUUUAUGUGAUGACACAUCAGUAUUACCUAUAGUAUUGGUAUCAGAAAGGUUUUAAAGUUGUAUUUUGUAAUCUUCAUUGAAAAACAACUGAUUGCUGUUACAUUGGUUAUGUGAAAGAAUCAGCUAUAUGCAAUAAGCUGGUAUCCUUCCAUGGACAAAAAUUAUGAUGUAAAAAAUUGUUGCUUCACGCUGUAAAUAUUUCAUUUAUCACUUUGAAAAAUGAUCAUGCUAUGAUUAUGAUACAGGGAUGGAUCACAGAGGGACGUAAACAUCAUUUUCUGAAAGGUUUGUUACACUAACUAUUACUAAUUGAAUUUUUGGCUAUGAAAAUCAAAUUAAAAGUGGACUACAACUUACAAGCUCUCUCCAUUGCUAUGUAUCUAUUCUACAAUAUACAUGUCGCAAGGGAAAAAUACAAAAAUACUAUAUAAGCCAACGAAACGUAUUCUUUAAGCCAUCAAAAUUCAUAUGGACCCUCUAUAUUCAUCUCUUAUGACUAAUGUGUGAAACCACUACGAGAAAGCUUUUUAUUAUCAAAUGGUUUUCUAUGAUAUUUCAUACCACAAUCAUUGUGCAAAUGGCUACACUUAAGACUUGCUGGCUUCUAGUAUAUAGAUUUCAGAAUUGGAUUUUGUAAUAAUUGCUUGCUUCCUUGUUGAAAAAGAUCCAACCAACCAAACUUUGGGAGGCUCAUUUUGUGUAAAGUAUAAUUAAAUAUGUGUGUUGGUUUCCUAUAGGAAGAGUACUGUGUAUGUUGUCCAAAUAGGCUAAGUAUCAAUGCCCUAGGCAUGUCUCUGUACAUAUGGACAAAAAUAAUAUACCCAAUCAAUAAAAAAAAGUGCACCUGA